GUGCAUGCAAUGUUGAACCCGCAGAGACACCGCUUGAUCAUCCUCCCCUCUCUCUCCCCUGCCUCCUCCGUAUGUUUCUCGCGAACCACGCAUAGUCCCCGUCAAACCUCGCAGCGGUACCUACACCGCACCACGCCGACCGGCACAAUCGAGUCAGUCGCAGUUCUCGGUUCAUCCUGCACCCCCCUGCAUGAGCACCCAGUGAGAAGCGGGGACUGACUUUUUUUUUUCCUCUAUUUCUUCCUCUCUCUCUAGGCGGAGGAAUUACCGGUCUAUCUGCUGCCUGGUACCUCUCCAAGCUUGCUCCCUCCAUCCCCGUUACAUUGUACGAGAAGCUCGAUAGACUCGGGGGAUGGCUCAACACCAAGCGAAUCGAAUCCGAGGAUGGAACUAUCCAGUUUGAACAGGGUCCUCGGACGAUUCGUCCUUGGACGGUUUCCGGCUUGGUUACAAUAGAUAUGGUACGCUCGAUCGAUGCCCCGCAAUUGUUCUUCAAAUGAAUAAAACCCCGGCGUCUGUACUAGCGGCUUACCGUAAAGUAGAUCCGGCAGUUGGAUUUGGAGAAGGAGCUGAUACUCAUCUCGAAAAAUACCCCUGCUGCUAAAAAUAGAUUCAUCUACUUUCCCGAUCGUCUAAACCAGCUUCCGAGCAGCCUGCUCUCCCUGCUGCUGGCCCCACACCUGCCGGUUAUGAAAGGUGUCUUUGCCGGGAUCCUUGCUGAGCCCUUCAGAAAGCGCCGACCAGCGGAUGUGACGGACGAAUCGGUGGGCAGCUUCAUUAGCAGACGUUUCAACAAAGCCCUAGCAAACAACCUCGUGUCGGCGGGGCUGCACGGAAUAUAUGCGGGUGACAUAGAUCAGCUCAGCGCAAAGUCGCUGUUCCCAAGGUUUUGGAUGGCCGAGGAGCACCAAGGAAGCUUGGUGAAGAGUGCCCUUAGUAACAAGACAAUAGAAACCGAGGACGACCAGGCCACCCGAGCAGAAUUGUAUGACGAUAAUGUCGGCAUUUGCAUGCGGAUGAAAGAGACGAGCGUGUACUCGUUUAAGAAUGGGAUCGAAACACUCAGUGUAGCCUUAGCGAGAGACCUAGAGAAAAGCCCCAACGUCACAAUAAAGCUUGGGACGAGAUUGGGUAAGAUCGAUUAUAUCAAAGCUCAGGGAUUGCCAAUCAAUGUAAGUCCUAUGGUUUCCCCAAGGCAUUCAUAUUUCCUUACGCCAACCCUUUCGAUAGAUCACUGAAGGGUCAAAAAAUCCUGUCAGCUAUUCCCAUGUAAUAUCGACCCUAUUCGCUCCAUCACUCAAUUCCCUCCUCCCAGCACCUCUGCAAUCCCCUUCCUUAGCAUCCAUUCAAGCCGUCACGGUUCUAGUGGUAAACCUUUACUACCGAACACCAAACCUCCUUCCAGUCCAAGGCUUCGGCUACCUAAUCCCCAAAUCCAUCCCGGGCUCCGAGAAUCCCGAAAAAGCACUCGGAGUGAUCUUCGACUCUGAAACCACCCCAUCCCCUGGCACCAAAGUGACAGUGAUGAUGGGUGGGCACUACUGGCAAGGCCGUGCCUCCUACCCAGACAAGCACGAAGCCGUCAAGAUGGCAAGAACAGUGUUGCAACGGCACUUGAGAAUUGCAGAAACACCGGUACUCACCAAUGCCACCUUGCAGAGGGAUUGUAUCCCACAGUACACGGUCGGCCACGACGAGCGGAUGGAGACGGCGCAUGAGGACCUGCUGAUGGGAUUUAAUGGACGGCUGAGCGUGGCCGGGAAUAGCUACAUGGGGGUUGGAUUAAACGAUUGUGUUAGGAGCGCGAGGGAUGUGGUUAAGGGCUUGCUCAGCGGCAGGGGCCUAACUGGGCUGGAGGGGUUUAAGGGUAAGCAGUGGGUCCUCUAGAGGAAACGACACGAUACCAGUUCCUGUCACACACAUCUACACACACACACACACACACACACUCUCUCUCUCUCUCUCUCUCUGGCCUCUAAACGUGUGAACACGAGAUUGUCCACGAUAGCUGAAUCUCCCCUUCUGCCGCACAUCCCCCCCUCGGACACAGCCAAAAGUACGGUAUGGCAAACACUGCGGUUCUACGGCGUAAUCCUACACGAUGGCCCAAGCACACGAAACACACGGUCGACCCAAAAAUCCAGAGUAACGGCGAUAGCAAACAAAGGAAUGUAAAGCAUCAUCACCAUCAACAAUAAUAAUCAAGUGCCCGACUCCGAGUUGUCAAGACAUACAACGCGGAAAGGCAUCAGCAUGCCGAUCUGACGUGAUCCGAUCGCCCACCCAUCCCAUUACCCGCCAAGUUCCUGCUUCCAGAACCCGCCAAUCCCCCCCCCCUGCAUGUAAUACGGCCCAGCCGCAAGACCCUUUCAUCCAUCCUCAACAGCAGCGAAAGAGCACCGCCGCAGCCGUACCUGCGCAUACCGGUGCGAAUUUUCAUGGGAGAAGGGGAAUUACUCGGUGCCAAAACUAUAUAAAAAAAUUAAAAAAACCCCCCAAAAAAACAAAUACAAAUACAAAAUAUGAAACGGAUGAUCCUUCUACCCCUUUUCCAAACAAAGAAUCGGGCCAGCCUCAUCACGAGAGGAGUGAGGUGCUAUCAUACGAAAUACCGGUGAUAAU